AUGGCCGAGGAAGCCAACCCACCCGUGUCUGCGGAUACCACGAACACUGUCGACGAGCCGACGCGUUCUACAGACGCUGUAGCGGAGCCUGCUGUUGCUGAGGCAAAGCCGGCUGAGGACGGUGUCGUAGCCACCUCAGGCGUCGCCGAAGUUCCCGAAGAUGACAGCGCGCAAAAGGACGACGCUGAGAAGGAGGACACCACUGCUGACGCGCAAGCAGAGCCAUCUGCAGCUAGCGAUGACGCAGAUGCUGCCCCUGCCUCCGACGCGCCAGUAACGAAUGGCACCCCAGCACCGAAGAAGGCUGCAAAUGGAAAGCGCAAGUCAGGCGCAGGUGUCCCCGAGCACAAGAAGAAGACACCGGCCAAAAAGGGAAAGAAGGAAGUCAAGCUGCGCCUAGACGUGUCGCCUGGUGACAUGUUCAUGGUCGCCAUGCGCGGUUACCAGCCAUGGCCAGUCAUCGUUUGCGAUGAGGAGAUGCUCCCGGAAUCGCUCCUCGUCAAGCGUCCUGUUAGUGCUAGGCGCAUUGACGGCACAUACCGCGAAGACUUCCUCGAGGGCGGUAAAAACGCCAAAGACAGAAGAUACCCAAUUAUGUUCUUGGGCACCAACGAAUUUGCAUGGCAAGUUAACACUGAUUUGUUGCCAUUCGACAUCGAAGAGGUGAAGAAGGACGUAGAUUCCGGCAACCAAGGGAAGAAGAACAAGCAACUCUGGGAAGCGUACCAGGUUGCCGCUAAAGGUUAUGAUCUGGCACACUUCAAGGAGAUGUUGAGUGCCCAUGAAUCCGCCAUGCAAGAAGAUCAGGAGCAGAAGGAUCAGAAGAAGCAGGCGAAGGCCGAAAAGGCUGCCAAGCGCAAGAGCACAGCCCCGGACUCUGAAGACGUUGAGAUGGGAGACGCUGACGAGACCGCUCCUUCCGCUAAGAAGGCUAAGGCCACCAAGAAGCGUAAGAAGGGUGACGAGAGUGAUGGUGAGAACGAGAAAGCUGCAAAGACUCCCAAGACCAAGCUCAAGCUGACCACGAAGACGCCAAAGGAUGCAUCAGCAGCGAAACCAAAGAAGGAACCCAAGUCCAAGAAGAAGUCUAGCGAGGAAGCUGUGGAUCCAACCCCAGAGGAGCCACCUAUGACCGAGGAGGAGCGGCUACUGAAGCGCGAGAAACAAGUUCUAUACCUCCGCCAUCGCUUGCAAAAGGGUUUCCUCUCGCGCGACCAAGCACCCAAGGACGAAGAUAUGGCGAGCAUGUCUGAAUACUUAACACAGUUAGAAGCCCAUGAGGAUCUGGAGGCUGAAGUAAUCAAGAAGACCAAAGUUCAUAAGGUCCUGAGGGCGAUCAUGAAGCUCGAAACUAUCCCCAUGGAGGGAGAGUUGAACUUCAAGAAGCGCUCGGCAGAUCUACUCAACAAGUGGAGUGGCGCUCUGGCUUCCGAGUCUGAGCCAACUGCUACCAAUGGCGUCAAGGGCGAAGAGCGGGAGAAGUCAGAGUCUGCCAAGGAGGAGGCGCCCUCUGUCGAGAAGGCCACAGAGGGACUGAAGAUCGACGACACUACCACCGAAGCUGCUGCCACGAAGACUGCCGAAGAGGACGGCGACGUACACAUGUCAGAAGCCGACAAGGACGUCAUUAAGGACGCACCCGCAGCGCAAGCGGAGGCCGAGAAAAGUGGAGAUGGUGCUGAGAAGGCUGCUGAGCCUGAGGCAGCAGCUGCAACUACGGAGACUGCUUCCACCUAG